UUGUGUAUCCAGCGAGCUAAACGGGCACCGCUGGUGUCCAGAAGCAGCGUCUCCUUGGGUCAGGUGUGAUGAAGCUUUAGACCCCAGGAGGACGAUGCUGUCCCACCUCAGAGGGACGUUUUAUGUCCAGCGGGCCUGGAGCAGCUCCAGCUGCCUCUUCAUGGACCUGUCCAGUCCUGGGCUGGUCCUCCAGUCUCAGUCCACCGAUGUGUUCCAGAACCUGGCGCUGGAGGACUGGAUCGACGCCCACGUUGACCUGCACCAACGCAGCAUCCUGCUGCUGUGGAGGAACCGGCCCGCCGUCGUCAUCGGCCGCCAUCAGAACCCGUGGGCCGAGUGCAACCUGCCGGCCAUGAGGAGCGCUCAGGUCCCUGUGGCCCGGAGACGCAGCGGCGGCGGGACGGUCUACCACGACCUUGGGAACCUCAACCUGACCUUCUUCGCCUCCAAGAAGGCGUACGACCGGAAGAGGAACCUGAAGGUGGUGACGGACGCCGUGCGGAGAGUCCGGCCGCAGCUGGACGUCCAGGCCACGGACAGGUUGGACAUUUUACUGAACAGACGCUACAAGAUCUCAGGCACAGCGUCCAGACUCAGCAGGAAGUCCUCCUACCAUCACUGUACCCUCCUCCACUCGGCAGACCGCUCUGCCAUUGCCGCUCUGCUCCGCCCCUCUUGUCCCGGUAUCCGUAGCAACGCCACACCCAGCGUCCCCUCACCUGUGGCCAACCUGACAGACCACGCCCCCUCCCUGCAGUGGGAGGAGCUGCUGGAGGCUGUGGUGCAGCAGUACAGCUCAGAGUUUGGCAUCAUGUCUGCGUCCCGGCGGGUCGACCCGGCCGACGAGGCUCUGUUUCCGGGCGUUGGCAGUAUGGAGGCGGAGCUACGCAGCUGGGAGUGGACGUUUGGGAAGACGCCAAAAUUCAGUGUGGAGACGCAGCUGGAGCUGAGGGACGAGCAGCCGGCGGCUCGCUGUAGCGCUCAGCUCCAGAUGGAGGUGAAGAACGGGCGGGUGGAGAGCUGCCGGGUGGAGGUACCGGCCGCCUGGCUUCCUGAGCGGCUCAGCGCCUCGCUGGCCCAGGCUCUGCUGGGAGAACGCUUCUGUCCUCACCGGGCCGCCGCUGCUCUGAGCGCGCUGCUGCGCUGCGAGAGCGGGCCGCUGCACAGCCGCCUGCACAGCCGCCUGCACAACCUCUGUGACGUCCUAGUGGCUGCUAUGGGCUGAGGACCGCUGCCCCCUGCAGGCUGCUACUGUCAUUACAGCAGUCAGAAACAACAAACUCCACAUACUGUGGAUAUUAACCAGAACACGAUCACAAAAAAUAUGGACAGAAGAAGAUUAAGGCUGAUGAAAACAAAAGAGUAUACACUUUAUUCUUAAAAUUAUGUUUUUAAUCUCAGAAUCCUAGAUUUAAGUCUCAAAACUAACAAAUAAAAGUCAGAAUCUAACUUUAAAUUCAUAAUUCUGACUCCAAUCUCAAAUUAUUUCUUCUUUUUUCUCCAAAUCUGAUUUCAGUCUAAAAGUUCUGUAAUUUUUUCCCCAAAUUUUUCCAUCUGUCUUUCUUUGGCCUUAAUCCUUUUCCGUAUCAGUAAGAAUUAAUUAAAGAAGAUUAAUUCUCUUUUUCUGUCACACUAACAUUAGUCUGACCUCAUAUAAACUUGUCAUCUGCUGCUGUUUACCUCAAAAUUUAUUAAUAACUAAAGUUUAAAUGUGUUUGAAAAUAAAGACUAUUUUUACAUGUGG